AUGCCCCCGCAAAGUAGUGACUCGCCUGCAAAGAAGCAGAGCAAAUGGUCUGCAGAAGAAGAUGCGCUGAUCAUCGAUCUCAGAGGCAGCGGUAUGAAAUGGGAAGACAUUUCGAAACGACUGCCGGGACGAAGCGCCAUCAGUUGUCGGCUACACUAUCAGAACUACCUCGAGCGCCGAAGCGAAUGGGAUGAGGAACGCAAGAAUAAACUCGCAAGGCUUUAUGAGAGGUUCAAACAAGAGAUGUGGGCCAAGGUGGCAGAGGAGAUGGCCAUACCAUGGCGUGCGGCAGAGGCUAUGCACUGGCAGCUGGGAGAGGUAGACAUGGCGAAGCGGGCUGGAGUGACCCCCUUCUGUCUGUCCGCUGUCAACGUCGAGGGACAGGCAGGGAAUACCAGAGCAUCCACGAGUCGCGGCCACCACCAUUCCCACUCCCACUCCCACUCGCUUUCUCAUGGGCACUCGACCUUCUCCCGAGACGUCAUGGGACAGCCAAACCACCACGGUGUCAGAGGAUCGGUACCGCCGGGACCAGCGUUGCCACCGCUACCGCCAAGCCACAACCGCUCCAGUGCCGCCCGGAGAGACAACUUCCCACAGCACUCGCAAGCAAUGCCAGCGGCCACGAACCACCAGGACGAGAGAUAUAGCUUUGCCGCCCCUCCACCGCCGCCCGCGAUGCAUGCGCACGGCGGAUCCCUGCCACCAAUACAAAACCGCUCCCAGCCAAGGACGGCUUCAGCAUUACCCAGCGUGUCGGAACUCACGACUGGUAUAAGCCCAUAUAGCACACCGGCAUACUCGGUGGGUCUGCCGAGUGUGAGCCCGGCACACAGCGGCACAGCGAGUCCGAACCCGUUCACAGCCGGGCCUCCAACACAAUCACAGCACCACUUCACGUCGAACCCGCCGCACCCAGUCCAGCCCGAGGUGUACAUGCCGGCUCCCCUGAAGAUAACGAAACGAUCCAGGAGUCCCGAAUUCGUCAUGCCAGCCCCUGCACCCAGUCGCCGCCGCCAAUACCAUCAUUACCGCUCAGAGUACGACGACAAAGCAGCCGUCCCCAGACACAUGCCGUGA